AUGUGGUUUAAAUUAUUCAAGGUACCAUUAACCGAUAAAUCAAUUACUUAUUUCUUUGCAAUUCAAACCAUGUUUGGAUUCCCACAAAACUUUACAUCCAACUUAAUUGGUGUUGCAUCAGGUAUGAUCGCAUCAUCAUCUGUAUUAGGAUUAUCAUCAUUAAAUUUCCCAAGAAAAGUACGUGCUAUUUCCAAACGUAUCUUUUUACCAUUAUUACAAUCACAACCACCAAACACCUCAUAUCGUCAAUAUUUGGAAAGACAACAAAGAAGAGGCCACAAUCUAUAUAUGAACGACAACCCAAUGGCUGCUUUCCAACAACAAAUCAAUCACAACAUCACUCAAAUGAACCAACCACCAGUAGUCCAACCACAAGUCGUUCAACCAUCUGAGGAUAAUAUUGAAACAUUAGUAUCAAUGGGUUUCCCAAGAGAACGUGCCAUUCAAGUUUUACAAAGAACAAAUAACAAUUUAAAUGAAGCUGCUUCAAUUAUUUAA